GGUGGUUUUCCGAUUCGAAGAAUCCACUUCGAUCUUCCAUGUCCGCAAUAAGGACCCCUUUGCACGUACUUCCGGUCCAACAACCCACAGCCGGCGAUGAAAGCCUGGUGUGGUGGUGUCGUUGCCUGGGCUCAAGCGUAUCGACACCCGGUCCGAGUCCAUGCCGAGGUCGCCCAGCCGAUCCCGGAGCCCGGCGCGGCGGAAGGAGGAUCGCCGCUCGCCUUCAGGCGAAGGCGAUGAGCCCGUGGCCUGGCUCCAGAUUGGGGAUCUUCCGCCCAAGUCCAACUGGAGCUGUAUGAGGCGGCUGGUGACUCAAGCUGGAGGGCACAUCCUGGGCGGAAAGGUCUAUCCGUCCCAUCGGCCGCCCUGUGCAUUGGCCAAAGUGGGUAGUGAGAAAGAGGCCGAGUCGGUGGCACGGAAGCUAGAUGGUUCCGAGCUGUCGGGCCGAAAGAUUACCUGCCGAAUCGUCCGGGACGAGGAGGAGAGAAGAAAGAUCGAACGCAGCUGAGGGCUGCGAUGCCCAUACUGAGGUGGAUGAACUGGAAGAGUUGGGAUGACUUCGCUGUGGAGAGCCCUUUUGCAGUCCAACUUCGCACAUCCCAACUGGUCCAAAAAUAUGUUCGAAC